AUGGCCAGAAAGCGAAUUCAAAAUGUUGAUCCAUCUCUAGAUGACAAUGAUGACGAAGAGAACAACGAAAACACCAAAAAAAAGAAGGCUCCCAAUUAUACCGAACCCGAGGACUUCGAGGUAUGUCGAGCCUGGGUUCAGGUAUCUGAAGACCCCCUGGUUGGAACAAAUCAAGAUGGCAACACGUUCUGGUCUCGCGUUUCCACGUUAUAUCACGAAGCGGUUCCAGACCCAAUUCGACCUGUCAAUAGCUUGAAGAAGAGAUGGAGCAACUACUUACAACCAUCGAUCAAUAAAUUUCGUGGUUUUGUCAACCUUGUCGAAUCUCGCAACGAGAGCGGGGCAUCUGCAGAAGAUCAGCUCAACCGAGCUCUCCGCCUUUACUCGCAGGACCAGCAAUCUCAUUUCAAGUAUCUCCGCUGCUACAACCUCCUCGCCAAAAGUCCCAAAUGGCACAACUACUGCCGCGAUAACGAUAAGAGGGGAGAGAAAAAACGAGCCAGAAGCCCUAGUAGUGAAGCACCAGCAUUGACCAGACUUGCAUCGACACCAGCACAAUCCGAUCCUGCUGCACCAUCGGACCCUGUCUCCGAUUUUGAGGGCACUUCUACCGAUCCAAAAAAACUCGACCGACCUAUAGGAAAUAAGAAGGCCAAGUUUCUCAACCAACUCGCUGUAAAAGAUCUAGAGUGGAAGGAAGAUGUUGCAAGCGCUCACAAGAAACUUGCUACCGAAUCGACUCGACUAAACGACAUCUUCGCAAAUGACUCGCAAUCCCUCAAAUCGAUGGCUGACAAUGGAGAAACCGCUGCGGAGCUCACCAUCAUGACCCAGAGCCUCAAUGGUCUUGAUGGUGAGCAGCAGGAGUACUUUAAGCUCAAGAGGGCUCAAAUCCUCCAAUCCCUUCGAUCUGGCUCCACCUCAAACCAGUAG